ACGGAGAGGGAGGCCCGCCCCCUCUUGGAAUCCCGGGAGCCCUGCUGCCCGCCCCUUCCGAACGUCGGCCUUGGGGCCAACGGCUCGCCCUGCCCCCUCGGAGACUUAGUCCCGCCCGCCGCUUGGCCCAUCCCCUCCGCAGUGUAUCUCAGACUACCCUCCUUUCUGCACCUUUCUCGCCAAGUUUCUCAUCCUACCUCCUGGCUUUUAUCCCGGCGCGGGGCUGGUAGGUCACUCUUCUAGCUGGAACCCUUCAAAAAUCCCAGAGAGGAAACCACUUUGCAUUUCCAGUCUGGAGGAGGUAAUGAUCCCUCUGAAAACAGAGAAGAGCUGCAUCUCUACCAAGCUACCCCAGGACCAGUUCUGUCCCGUGUAGACCGGCCUGUAAGGGCCUGUUAGUUUUCCUUUACCCCGUGGGCCUGUGUCUGCCUUGGCCACAUUCUUCCUAACCCUGGGCAUCCAGUCUGAGAACAAGCUUGGCUGAAAAAGCUGUAGGAGUGUGAGGUUCAGCUGUACUUUGAGCAUCAUCUGUUCAGCGAUGCGAACUCGGUUGAUGUAAGUGGUGGCUUGGAGACAGAAUCCUCUAAUGGGAAAGAUACAUUAGAAGGUGCUGGGGAUACCUCAGAGGUGAUGGAUACUCAGGCGGGCUCCGUGGAUGAAGAGAAUGGCCGACAGCUGGGAGAGGUGGAGCUGCAGUGUGGGAUAUGUACCAAGUGGUUCACAGCGGACACCUUUGGCAUAGAUACCUCGUCCUGUCUGCCUUUCAUGACCAACUACAGUUUCCACUGCAAUGUGUGCCAUCACAGUGGGAACACCUACUUCCUCCGGAAGCAAGCAAACUUGAAGGAAAUGUGCCUUAGCGCGUUGGCCAACCUGACGUGGCAGUCCCGAACACAGGACGAACAUCCAAAAACCAUGUUCUCCAAAGAUAAGGAUAUCAUACCAUUUAUUGAUAAAUACUGGGAGUGCAUGACAACCAGACAGAGACCUGGGAAAAUGACUUGGCCAAACAACAUUGUUAAAACGAUGAGUAAAGAAAGAGAUGUGUUCUUAGUAAAGGAACAUCCUGAUCCCGGAAGUAAGGACCCAGAGGAAGAUUACCCCAAAUUUGGCCUCCUAGAUCAGGAUCUUAGUAACAUUGGUCCUGCUUAUGACAACCAAAAACAAAGCAGUGCCGUGUCUACCAGUGGGAAUCUAAAUGGUGGAGCCUCUUUUGGAGGGGGGAUUGCAGCAGGAAGCAGUGGAAAAGGAAGAGGAGCUAAGCGCAAACAGCAGGAUGGAGGGACCACGGGGACCACCAAGAAGGCCCGGAGUGACCCUUUGUUUUCUGCUCAGCGCCUUCCCCCUCACGGCUAUCCCUUGGAGCACCCGUUUAACAAAGAUGGCUAUCGGUAUAUUCUAGCUGAGCCCGAUCCCCACGCUCCCGACCCCGAGAAGCUCGAGCUGGACUGCUGGGCGGGAAAACCGAUCCCCGGAGACCUCUACAGAGCCUGCUUGUAUGAACGGGUCUUGUUAGCCCUGCAUGAUCGAGCUCCCCAGUUAAAGAUCUCUGAUGACCGGCUGACUGUGGUUGGAGAGAAGGGCUACUCUAUGGUUCGGGCUUCUCACGGGGUUCGGAAAGGUGCCUGGUACUUUGAAAUCACUGUGGAUGAGAUGCCGCCGGACACUGCUGCCAGGCUGGGUUGGUCCCAGCCAUUAGGUAACCUUCAAGCUCCCUUAGGCUAUGAUAAAUUUAGCUAUUCUUGGCGAAGCAAAAAGGGAACCAAGUUCCACCAGUCCAUCGGCAAACAUUACUCAUCUGGCUAUGGGCAGGGAGACGUCUUGGGAUUUUAUAUCAAUCUGCCUGAAGACACAGAGACAGCCAAGUCACUGCCUGAUACCUACAAAGAUAAGGCUUUGAUAAAGUUCAAGAGUUAUUUGUAUUUUGAGGAAAAAGACUUUGUGGAUAAAGCAGAGAAGAGCCUAAAGCAGACUCCCCAUAGCGAGAUAAUUUUUUAUAAAAACGGUGUCAAUCAAGGUGUGGCUUACAAAGAUAUUUUUGAGGGGGUUUACUUUCCGGCCAUCUCGCUCUACAAGAGCUGCACGGUCUCCAUUAACUUUGGACCGUGCUUCAAGUACCCGCCAAAGGAUCUCACUUACCGCCCCAUGAGUGACAUGGGCUGGGGCGCGGUGGUCGAGCACACUCUGGCUGAUGUCUUAUAUCACGUGGAAACGGAAGUGGACGGGAGGCGGAGUCCCCCGUGGGAACCCUGACCACGUCCUUUUUUCUUGGCAGACAUGGACUUUCUGGGGAAUACUACGAGGGGGGUUUGGUUUUGUUCUUUUAACUGUCGCAAACAUUUUCCCGGAGCUACCGCGGAACAGGCUCUGCGGUAGCAAAUGAAUGGUGGGGCCAGGUGUGACGCCUGCCCUUGGACACGCUCUCCCAUCUGUGACCGAAGGCUUUUACUUUGUGUGCCAUAUCCCAGCAGCUGCUGACCCCAGGGCCCCAGGAGCUCCCUGUGAAACCGGGGCUGUGCCAUGUACCCCACCAGCCGAGCCCUGUUAUCUUCCUGUGCUUUGUAAGGAGUGGGUAGUCUCAUCCAAGUAGCUAACUCAUACAGAGACGUUUCCUCCGGUGGGCGUUGCCUCCGUCCCACCUGGUUCCCGAGGAAGCGAGAACAGCUGAAAUCAGUGGCUGUACAUUCCAGACCCAUCUAAAAGCUCUUUCGUGUGGGUGUGUUUUUAUUAUUAAUGUUGGGAUACGAUUUUGCACACUGGGCUCCCCGAAACUGCUAGGUCUGUAGGACUGUAAUUGUGAAAGGCACUCGCUUGCAGCUUUAACAAUUAGAAACUCCUCCCAAAUAAAACUUGUCUUCCGGUG